GGCUCUUCGUCCAAGCAUGGAUCUUCUUCCAAGCACGGCUCUUCUUCCAAGCACGGAUCUUCUUCCAAGCACGGCUCUUCUUCCAAGCACGGAUCUUCGUCCAAGCAUGCCUCUUCGUCCAAGCAUGCCUCUUCGUCCGAGCACAAGUCCAAAUCCAAAUGCUGUAAGGGCAGCUCAUGCAAGAAUGCGGAUCCCACUCUGCGGGCCGUGUUUGCUCUAAGACACGACUUUUUGAAAAAGCUGCCUAGCCCGGAAUUCGUCCUCGAGAGCCAUCCUGCGUGGAAAACACUGACCGAAGAAGAACAGAGCAAGGCCCAACAGCUGCAGGCCAACUUCCAAGAUACCACCGAUGAACAGUUGAAGGACUGGGUCGCCGACUGGCAGCGCGACUUUCCCGAAAAUAUGGACUAUGGGUACAAUGUCGAAGAAGACACGCUUUACCCUCAAGAAGGACGAUCCCCUGAGAAUAUUCUCUUUAUUUUCCAGGAAGAGCGCAACAAAUCUAAGGGUAAAGAACCUGAGCGUGGACGUACUAGGGAGCGGCAACCCGAA